UAUGAACUCUUUCUAGACUUUCUAGACCGAGAUAUGAUGUCUAGAAAAUGCAAAUUCUAUUGACAGCACUUUUAGCGAUUUUUAGGGCUUUUACGAUAAAUGCUAUAACUCCGGAAGGAAGCACCCUUGAAUCAAAGAAAUUUUGGAAAUCUUUCUGAAUAUGUUGCCUGAAUGCAAGCCAAAAUUCUGAAUCAAAAACUCGGACAUUGAUUGAGAAACACAGCAAAAAUUGAUCGCCCUUUCCAUGCAACGACUCUGAAGCUAACUCUUCUUCACGGCAGCUUUAUUUGCAGUAAAUGAUCCCAAUGACUUUGUACAAACGAUAUCUCAUUUUUGCCUUACAAGAGAAAACAAACUAUUAUUUAUUUCUUUGUAGGUUGUGGAGAUUAUACAUUAAAUAAUAUAUCCAAUAUAAACGAUCCUUGCACAUUGCCAGACAAAGGCAAACAACGUCGUGUUUUGAAUGAAAAAGAACGUUUAUUAUAUGCACCAUUUUCCGGGGUUGGUGGUAUUGUUUAUGAUAAAGAUGCUGUUUAUAUUGAACUUGGAGGUUCACACUCACAUCAAACAACCGAUAGGAGACCGAUCAAUGAAUAUGUUGCUAAUAUUUUAUCUACAAAACAAACGUUGGAUGAAAAAGUAGCAUCUAGUCAAAUGGUUUUAUUUUCUAACGGUGAAUUAGUUCAUGUGAAUGAAAACAAUCCUGAACAAGAAAAUAAACAAAAAAGAAGAAAAGUUACGUUUGAAACCGAGCAGGAUAGCGAGGAAGAAGACUUUAAUAAUGAUUCAGUUAAUGAAGAGGAAUUGGAAGAAGAAAUAGGCGACGAUAGUGAUGACGAUGAUGAAAACGGUGAAUUUAUGGAUGAGAAUAACGACAACGACGAUAAUGAAGAGUACGGUUUGAAAUGGAAAUCUGAUAUGUCGAAAAAAUUUUCAGCCAGCACUACAUCAAAUCAAAAAGUUAAUUGGGUAAAAUUAGUCUAUGGCAAUGAUAUCAACAAACCUAUUCAGCUGAUCCACUUAGAAGAUGAGAAUCCUCCUAAUCAGUUUGGCGGGUUGUUUCAUGUUGCACAUCGUAAAAAGAAUAUAGAUGAUCAUGAAGAUUAUACAUUAUCAUAUAACUCAAAUGAAAAUCAAAAUUGGGAUCUAGAUGAAAUUCGUGAACAAAUUCGUGAUUGUUUUGUUACUGGAAAAUGGGAAAAAGACAAAGAUGCUGCUCAUCUGUUACAAGAAGAUGAUGACGGCAAGCUACAACAAUACUAUAUGUUCGGUGAUUUCGAAGAUUUAGAGACCGGUGAAGCAUUUUCAAAAACGGUUAAAAUACAAGAUGAAGAUAUAGAUGAUGAUUCGAAUGACAUAGAUGAAGAAGACGAUGAAGAACAAGAAAACGUUGAUGAUGAUAAAAUAAUCGAACCAAAUGAGAAAACAAAAGAAGAUGAAUUAAUGGCAAAAAAAGCAAAAUUAAAAUCAGUAUUUGAUGCUGAAUAUGAUGCACGAGAUACGGAUUCGGCUUUUUACGAUGGACUAAAAAAAGAAGUAGAAGAACAAACUCAACUCAAUCGUUCUGAAUUUGAAAAUAUGUCUGAUGAUCUCCGUGUUCUGUAUGAAGGUUAUCGUCCAGGAAUGUAUGUAAGAUGUGAAUUGAAUAAUAUUCCAUGUGAAUUUAUUAAUAAUUUCAAUCCAUCUUAUAUUGUUAUUAUUGGUGGUAUGCCGGUUACAGAAUCUCGAAAUGGUUAUGUACAAGUUCGCUUGAAAAAACAUCGUUGGCAUAAACGUAUUUUGAAAAGUAAAGAUCCAUUAAUUGUAUCAUUAGGUUGGAGAAGAUUUCAAACGAUACCAUAUUAUUUUAUACAAGAUCAUAAUAUGAGACAUCGAUUAUUGAAAUAUACACCACAACAUAUGUAUUGUCAUGCAAUCUUCUACGGACCAAUAACACCUCAGAAUACGGGAUUUCUUGCCGUUCAACAAACAGCUGGUCGAUCUGAUUUUCGUGUAACAGCCACCGGUGUUGUACUUGAUCUUGAUAAAACAACAAAAAUUGUGAAAAAACUCAAGUUAAUUGGUACACCAUACAAAAUUUUUAAAAAGACAGCAUUUAUUAAAGGAAUGUUUACAAGUGUACUUGAAGUAGCCAAAUUUGAAGGUGCAGCUAUUCGUACUGUUAGCGGUUUACGUGGUCAAAUAAAAAAAGUUAUUAGAGAACAUCCAGGUGCAUUUCGUGCAACAUUCGAAGAUAAAAUUUUGUUAAGUGACAUUGUGUUUCUUCGUGCAUGGCUUCCAUUACAAGUGCCAAAAUUUUAUACAGUUUUGACGAAUUUAUUACUUGAUCAAGAUGAAAAAGAUCAAUGGCAAGGAUUAAGAUUACUUGGACAAUUAAAACGUGAUUUAAAUAUUCAGAAUGAACCAAACAAAGAUUCAUUAUACAUACCAAUUGAACGAAAAGAACGUUUAUUUCAUCCGUUGAAAAUUCCAUCACAAUUACAACAUGCUUUACCGUUUCAACUUAAACCAAAAUUAAAUACAACAACAAUUGAUCCUAUUCAACAACAACGUGUUGCAGUUAUUUUAGAACCACAGGAAAAAAGGAUUUCUGAUAUAAUGAAAAUGUUUACAAGUGUCUAUCGUGAUAAAUUAGCAUCAAAACAAGAAAAUCAAGAAGUUCGAAGGAAAAAACGAUCAAAAGAUGUAGAAAAACAUGAAUUAAAACGUUUACAAAAACAAAAACAACUAAAAAAAGUAAUAUAUCGAAAACUAGGACAAAUGGAACAAAAAAAACAAAAAAGUUUUGGUUCGAAUAAAACUAAGCAUAACGAUGAUGAUGAUAUGUGA